AUGGAAGAUGAAUUGAACUUAUCAGGAAUUCCACCCAUCUUAGAGAAUGACCUCACUAUUCACCAGAUGGAAAUUGGGAAAAAUCACUCAAGCCCUAUAACAUUCAUCCUCCUGGGAUUUGGGAAUCUCCUCGAACUACGAAUUUCUCUCUUUGUCUUGUUUCUAGCCAUCUACACUUUGUCAAUUGUUGGGAAUCUCUUAAUUCUUUUACUAAUUGCAAUUGACCAACAGCUGCACACCCCCAUGUAUUUCUUCCUAAUGAAUUUGUCCAUGCUGGAGACCUGCUACAUUUCAAACAUCCUUCCCAGGAUGCUGGCCAGUUUCCUAACUGGAGAUUCAUCCAUAUCCUUUGAGGGCUGUGUGACACAAUGGUUCUUCUUUGUUCUCCUUGGAUCCACGGAAUGUUAUCUUCUGGCAAUGAUGUCUUAUGACCGGUAUCUGGCAAUCUGCAAACCACUUCAUUAUAUGUCCCUCAUGAACAGCAGACUCGGCCUGCAAUUGGCCUCCACAUCUUGGAUGAGUGGUCUGCUAACCAGCACCAUAAUAACUUACUUUAUAGUACAGCUGGCAUUCUGUGGACCCUAUGAAAUCGAUCACUUCUUUUGUGACCUAUAUCCCAUCUUGAACCUGUCCUGUAGCAACCUUUACAGUACUAGAAUUGUAGCCUUUGUUCUAGCAUUCCUGGCCACAGUACCCCCUUUUACAUUAACAUUGGUCUCCUACAUCUGCAUUAUUCUCACCAUCUUGAGAAUCAAGUCCAAAACUGCUCAACAGAAGGCCUUCUCCACUUGCUCAUCACACCUCAUUGUGGUGAUACUUUUUUUCGGCUCCUUAUUCAUUGUCUAUGUAGUCCCUGAAAUGGACAUACUGAGAGAGCUAAACAAAACCUUCUCUCUGUUCUACACUGUUUUGACUCCCAUGCUCAACCCCCUCAUAUACAGUUUGAGAAACCGAGAGGUGAAGGAAGCUCUUUGCAGAUCUACCAGGAAAUACAGCAACAGAGUGUCUUAG